UCUUUCAAAUCCAUUCACUCUAAACACAGAGUCACUGAAAGAGAGUGUGAGUAAGCGCGCGCAUUAAUGCCUCCCUGCAACAAAGCGUGACGGAGAGAGAGAGUGAUAACUCUAAACCCUUUUUUUCACUUAAAAAUCGAACUUUGGGUACUAUUGUCCUCUGCAGGGAUUCUUUAUGGAGAUGGAUCUGAGCAAGGUAACUCUUGACAUUUUCACAACGCUUGAACAGAAAUGGCUCUCCCACAGCCACAGGAAGACCCGCAUCCUUAGCAUCGACGGUGGCGGUACCACUGCCAUUGUCGCCGGAGCUUCCAUCCUUCACCUCGAAGACCAGAUCCGCCUCCAGACCGGCGAUCCUCACGCUCAGAUCUCCGAUUUCUUUGACAUUGUUGCCGGUACCGGAAUCGGAGGCAUCCUCGCCGCCCUGCUGGUCGCCGACGACGGCUCCGGGAGGCCAAUGUUCACCGCCAGAGACGCUGUCAAGUUCAUCGCGGAGAAGAACUCGGAGCUCUUCGAGAUCAAGCACACGGGAGUGUUCAGGAGAAACCGGAGGAGAUACUCAGGCAGCAGCAUGGAGAGGGUUCUGGAGGCGGCCUUUCGGAGGGAGGAUGGCAAGGUGCUGACUAUGAAGGACACGUGUAAGCCUCUCCUCGUUCCUUGCUACGACCUCAAAUCCUCUGCUCCUUUCGUUUUCUCACGCGCCGGCGCCUCCCAGUCUCCCAGCUUCAACUUCGAGCUCUGGAAAGUCUGCCGUGCCACGUCGGCGACUCCUAGCUUGUUCAAGCCGGUCAAUGUGGUGUCGGUGGACGGGAAGACCACUUGCUCGGCCGUAGACGGAGGUUUGGUGAUGAACAAUCCAACCGCUGCUGCCGUCACGCAUGUCCUACACAACAAGCGAGAUUUUCCGUCGGUUAACGGCGUCGAUGACUUGCUCGUGCUAUCGUUAGGAAACGGCUCAUCCUCUUCCCCUACGGGAAUGGGAAAGAAACUGAGGCGUAACGGAGACUGCUCCACGUCAUGCGUCCUGGACAUUGUGCUUGACGGGGUUUCCGAUACCGUCGACCAGAUGCUAGGGAACGCUUUCUGUUGGAACCGUACGGACUACGUUAGAAUCCAGGUGAGCGGUUUACCGACCGGCGGAGAGGAGAUUGUGGGGCGGAGAAAAACGGCGGAGGAGUUGCUGAAAGAGAGAGGUGUAGAAACGGCGCCGUUCGGAGGGAAACGGUUACUAACGGAAACAAACGGAGAAAGAAUCCAGAGUUUUGUGCAACGUCUUGUUGCCUCAGGAAAGUCGACAAGUCUCCCUCCAAGUCCUUGCAAGGAAUCUGCCGUUAAUCCUCUCGCUGACGGCCGUUAAGUUAUUUCUGUCUGUUUUUUUUUUUUUAAUUUAUUUCCGGUGAUGUAAGUUUUUACCAAGUCUUAGGGUUUAUUUUUUUUUUUGACUUGAAUGAUAUGGUAGUUUUAUUCUGAUAUAUA